AUGAACCUUCGUGGAGAUUAUAAAAGGAUUUCGCGUGGUAUGGUAAUUUUUCAAACACAUGAUAGUUUUUAUUAGUAUAUACUGAAACAGUGGAUAUCAUUUUUUCGCACGCUGUUUUCUCUGGCCACUCAAACUUGGGAUAUUCAGUGCUAUUCACCUCCGGGCAGGAGCCUCCAAGCGACACCAAACUUGCGCAAGUUGCGAGCAAAAUGGCUUGGUUACAAGUUUGCUAACAUAACAAACGAAGAAAUUUCACAACUAAGCUGUUCGCGAAAAAUACGAACAAGGCGACGAAAUUUGGUUUGGCACCAUUAUGGUUGUGUACUUUUUUUUUUGUUUCUCUGUCUUUUUGCGUUUUCUCUUUUUAUUCAACAGGCAUGAUCUGCAACAUGUAAAAGAUGAAACGUGAUCUAUGAGGUCAAAAAAUUAUUUCGUAGAAAACAACAGAACGACUAGUGUCAUGAUCUAAAAAGACCAUGUGAAGUAUCAGGAAUUACAGGAAAAUACAUCGAUUUUUCAAAAAUAAAAUUAUUUCGUCCCCAAAGGGAUAAUAUAGACGUAAGCAGAUAAAAAUAGUAAAGAAAAAAUUUGAAUAGUAUUUCUAAGUAUCUGGUGACAAAAAAGUAAAAUUAUUCGACUACCCAAUAACAACCAAAAUCACGUUACUCUAUGCGAUUUUUUUUUCCUACAAAAGAAACAAGUGAAACUGACAUUCGCUCGUUCAAUCCUGUACCUGACGUCUUCUUUACAGUGGACUCUCUUAAGAAAUAGUAUUCUGAGCUCGACUUACCACCUAGUCUAUAGGAAAAUAUAUAAAUUUAUUAAGAAAUUUUAUAAACAAAAACAAAAACUAACAUAGAUUUUACUAACAACAUUAAUUUUUUUCCGCGUUUUGUGGCUAACAGCCGCUUUGAUUUGGCUCAAUUAUCUCACUGUUGUGGUAGACACUAAAAAAAUUAUUCACCUCCACUUCAGUGAAAAAUUGCUACUUAUCAUCAUCUACUGAAUUUUCAUCCAUUCUCGAUACCUUACGUGCGACGUUUCAUAUGCAACUUUGAAGUAAGAGCACUUCCACAUCAUGGAAAUUCGGCUCAGCGGUAGACCUGGAAUUCGAGAUAUGAGCUAUAGGGAGAGGCCAAGGCUUGAUUGAUUGUAUUAAAAUUGUCGAACUGGCAUAGAAACAUAGAGGGUGAGAGGGCCCGAUGCUCGAGCGUUUCUCUCACAAAGGACGUCGAUGCAAAAGCAUCUUGCCUGCUUGUAGCUUGAAUCUUCGACUGUGAUCAUGUAAUUUGGUGUUAAGAGGAAGAAGUGUCGAAGGCCAUAUUCAUCUUCAUCGAAAUGUUUACUUUUGCCGUCUGAUUUCAACCUGACACUAACUUCUUACGUGUUAAGCUAGGCAACUAAAUGCCUUUUCCAUGUUCUGUCUUCAUAGAGUUCAUCUACUAUGUAAAGGUUGAGGCAAUGACAGGCAGGGACCCGGUUGGACGCCCUGGCGGAAGUCAAAGUUUAUACUAUGGUGCAGAUCCACAACUAAUCAUCCUUCUGAAAAAUGGAAAGAGCCAUCGAGCAACGCUUCCAUACAAAAAGCGUGAAGGCACUAAAUACACAAUAAGAUUGAAACCCUAUGAUUUUCAGCCGAAGCUUAGCUGCACACGUCGAGACAUAGACAAAGUUUAUCUCGAGGCUAAAGGAAAUGAUGGAUGGUACGUUAAAUGGAUCAACACCUAUAUCGCAGGAAGGUCUGGAGAUUACUCAAAACUGACCACUGAUCCAGGCUUUAAUAUGUGGGUGGACAACAAUGAAGAAUAUAAAUACCCAUACAAUGCCAAAACGCUACUCCUUACCAAUGCUGUCGCAAAACCCUGUUUAACGUACAUACGUGUAGAGGUAGUAACGCGUUACAAGAGUGCUUUCUCGUUCAAACCAUACGACACGAAUAUCUUUAUAGUCCUCGAUUUAUCAAAUAACCAACGAUUUCGAGCGGAACUUGAAGGACCAAUGGAAAGAAACAGAAAAUAUGAGCGAGAGUUGAACUUCGCAAGCCGGUUUUAUCCGUCUCAUCGGUUUCAAAUCACUAAAUGCGUGUCGUUCUCCGACAUUAAGGAAAUUCACUUACAAGCUCAUAAUGGAAGAAAUGAGAAUUGGUACAUAGCAUCCAUUAGCACUUUUGCUAGGACCGGUGAAGAGCAAUACAUGGAUCUGACAAGUGAUCCACAUCUCAACAAGAGGUUUGGCCCACACGGAACGACAGACAUCAAACUAACAAGGUCAUUUAAAGAUGUCCUCAAUUGUGAAUACGGCAAUCCAACUUGUGAAUGCAUGGAACAUGAAAAGGUUUGUAUAUUCAAUCUUGAAGUUGACGAAAUUCGAACCUUCAUCAGUUAUCAAAAGUUAUCAGUAGAUGAACCUACAGGAAUAGCUAUGCGUGGCUCCCAGGGAGUGAUCUAUUAUUUCGAUGAAAAUGGAAUACCUCUGCCACUGCAUAAAGAUAGACAAUGUGCAACACAGGACAAAAGUAAAUGCACUAGCCCCCAGUUUGUAGAUGGCAAGACGUACCGUUUGGCAAUAGCCGUUAAUGGGCAAAUCCCUGGACCUACUUUGAUUGUUCACGAGGGGCAAACUGUGGUAGUUCAUGUUCACAACAACCUUACCACUGAAGGUAUUUCCAUUCACUGGCAUGGGAUGCACCAGAGAGGAACGCCUUGGAUGGAUGGCGUCGGACAAGUAAUUCAAUGUCAGAUAGGACCCUCAUCUAGCUUUUCAUACGUGUAUACCGCUAGUCCUGCUAGGACGUUUUGGUACCACUCUCACAGUGGCGCUCAAAGAACAGAUGGCUUCUUCGGUGGUCUUAUAGUUAAAGAACGCCCUUCCAAAAUGAGAAAACUCCGAGAUACACUACAGAGGUCUGCAUUUGAGGAUCUUCCAGAUCAGCACACCUUAACGCUUCUCGAUUGGCAACAUGAGGCAUCCUUGGAUCUGUUCACACAGAUUCACGCUAGCUUGAACUUUUAUCCAGGCAAGCCGCUUGGCGACGUACCAACUCCAGACGAUUUCCUGCGACGGUAUAACUCCACACGUAGUUUUGAAGAAGGAGAGGUUGGUCCUGUCCCGUAUUUUUCUGGAAUCAUAAAUGGUAAAUAA